AUGACAUCCUCGGACGCAGUGGUCAAAGGCGUCGCCAGAAAAUUAAAAUACUACUUUGACAUAAAACGAUUGGAAGAUGGCUUUGACUUAUCGGGAGUAAACAGUCCACAGUUGGACCACCCACCUCUGAAAUCGCGAGCAACACUUCAGUAUGAUGGCCUUCAUGACCGAGCCCUCAAGCACUAUUUCAGCCUGCCUGAAGUGCGCUGUAAGCUAACCAACAUGGGACCGGGUGACGGACUACACAGAGAAGAGAAAGUUAGACGGAAGUUGAAGCGAAGGAUGAACAGAUAUGAUUAUAAACCGAAAACCCAUCCAGCAUUUGCUUAUGCUCAGACUGGCCGGGAUACCUUCGAUGUUGUCUAUCCUUUAAAGGGAAAUAAAAAAGCUUUAAAGGGAGGAUGGCCUCAACUUAGAAGUGUUCCUUCACAAAAUAUCACCCGUGGCGAGGCUCAGCGUCUUGUUAACAUCGCAACCAAACUUUUAGUAGCCACAGAAACUGUGGACAUCAUACAGCCGCGUCCUCCUAGUCCAAAGAGAGGCCAGUCUGCUCCUAAACCUUUUGAGGCCAAAGAAAAGAAAAGACCAUCAACAGCAAAAUAUACCUGGGAUAUUCAUGGCAGACGACACAUGAACGAGAAGGAAAAACCAACAGCAUAUGAUGAUAGCUAUUCACCAAAACACUCCAGACACAACGCCUCUGAAGACAAUAAAGGAGAACAAAGACGUGUUGUCAUUAAAAAGGUAAUGAGGCCCUCCACUGCCACAACUACAACAACAUCAGAUCACCCUGAAAAAUCAGAACGAUCAGCAAGGUCAGACAGAUCAUCAAGGUCACAGAAAUCAGACCAAUCCAAAAAGUCUGACCGAUCCCCUAAAUCGGACAGGUCAGAGAUAACUAGCAGGUCACAUAGGUCAGAGUCACUGGACAGUGAGGCAGCAUCAACCACUGACCGAAGCUCCAGUGAUAUUGGAACAAAGACGUCUAGUGGUGUUAGUGUGAGGGAUAGACCUGCCACUCACAAGUCUACAGUGAUACACGUUCGGGACACAGAUAUUAGGGAGGAUGUCAAGGUCAGCCAUUCUACACAAGCUGGGGACAGUGUCAGCAUACAGACCGAGACCCGUAUGAUAGAGAACUACAAUCCACUGGAUGAAGAGAUUAAGCAAGGUGACUGGGCAGAAUAUCAGAUUUAUGUUAGAACUGGAAACAGGACUGGAGCUAGUGCCAGUUCCAAUAUUGAGGUCAAACUUACAAUGUAUGGAAAUAAGGGCCGCACAAAGGAAUUUGUUCUCCAAGACUCCAAACGACACCUGGUCAUGUUCCAGAGGGGCAAGGAGGAUCUCUUUGUGUUAGCCUGUCAUCAUGUGGGAAAACUUCGUCAAAUCAAAAUCGGACAUGACAGAACUUCUCUGCGUGAUGCCUGGUACUUAGAAGGAGUCACAGUAUAUGACAUGUAUGAUAAGAGGAUCUACGAAUUUAAUUGUGAACGUUGGCUGUCUGCCCAUGACGGAGAUCGUAAGACUUAUCGUGUGCUGGAAAUGGACAGGGACCGUGCUUUUAUAGAAGCAUUACAUGGAGAUGAUGAUAGUAGCACACGAUCAAUGUCUGAUUCUGAAACAGAAUUGACUACACCUCGAGGUAGCGCACGUUAUGAUGACUCUAAAUCCUCAAGGAGCUCUGUACGCGUACGAGGGGGCAAGGACAUUAAGUACCGCAAAAAGGACUUUGAGCGUGGUUCUGACUCAGAGAGUAGUUAUACGUCUGACAGUUCGAGUGAGGGGUCCACUGACCGAACCCCAAAAAUUAGACCUUUAUCACCUCUUAAAAAACCAGAUGAAGAUGAAUUUUUUGAUACACGUGGUUCAGGACCUACGUUCCUUUUCCAAGAUGGCAAAGGAGCGCCUCCAAAGGAAUCUGACUCUGUGCGUGCUAACAUUUCCGUAGAUUCCACUACCUCAGAGGAUACCAGCAGCAGAGUGCGUGAAGACUUCCUGGAGGGUUAUAAGGUAGGACUGAAGGCUGCUGAGGAAGAUUCUAAGACGAGAACUGAUGAGGAGGUUUUGAAAAGGAAGCGAGUACUAGCAGGGCCCACCAUUCAUGAGGCAGCACAGGCAGGAAAUCUAGCUCGAGUACAAGAAUUACUACAACACUACCCAGAAAUGAAGGAAUCGAAGGAUGAGAGUGGACGCACACCCUUACACCUUGCAUCCACAGAUGGUCAUAUAGAUGUAGUCAAGUGGCUGGCGAUAGGUGAAUCCAGCCUAAACCUUGAGACUCCUACAGGUUACACAGCCAUGCACUUGGCAGCCAUGAAUGGACAUGUCAACUGUAUGAUGAUCCUGUUUGCCCUGGGAGCCACCAUUUCACUAAAGACAAGUGAUAAGAAGACACCUUUGUACCUGGCUGCCAUGAAGGGACAUCUUGAGUGUGUUAAGUGGCUUAUUGCCAAUCGUGCACGCUUCGACAUAGUGGAUGACAUGGAUAGGACGCCACGUAUGGUCGCAGAGGACUUUGGACACCGAGAUGUUUCAGAAUUUCUGAAGGCUUGUGAGAAUGAAAUGAAUGAUCCCAACAGUGGAUUUGCACAGAUGAGGUCUACAAGCAAGCUUGGUCCUGGAGGUCUGCAGACUAUAGAAGAGGACUCCAAUUCCUCCGUUAGUCAGGAAGACAGAACGUGGCAGGACGAUAAAGAUAACUACUCGGAUAAAGCAGGCAUCGGCAGUGAUGGUGGGUCUCAACGAGCAAGAUCAGCACGCAAUAUUGACAGAGAAAAGGAGACAAAGAAAAAAAUCUACGAAGAGCAGCAUCAAAAAAUGGAAGAAACCGGAGACUCGUUUUUAGAUAGCAUUCGUCACGAAUUUGAUACUCGACCCGAGCCAUGAUUUACUGUUGUAUACGCUACCUUUAUUGGGAUGUCAUGAACGUAGAUGUUGCUAUCUGGACAAUUCGAGAGAUAAAUGCUGGUGCUGAUUUGUUAUACCUUGAACUUUGACCUUGAUGUGAUCUACAAUGAUCUUGACUCACCAGCUUUAACACAUGUGAAUCCUCUUAUUUUCAGUAGUUUAAUGAUAAGCCAGCAUAUUUUUUUCUACUUCAACUGAAGGCCGUAUUAGUAGAUGUUGAGCUGAUGUUUAAGUGUAGAAACUCAUCACUGAAUACGCUUGGAGAGUUCCCUGUAGUUUGAACUGUCUGGACAAUACCAUGUCUAGCAGAAAUGACAAUAACCUAGGUAACUGUGAAUAUGGUUAGGUAGUGUGUUUUUAACAGUGAGAUAAUUUGUCCUCACUGUUCUUAGGUUUGGGAGACUUUACUUUGUAUGGCUGUAUCACUUUUUCUACCCUCUGUAAAGGAUUAUGUUUUAUCAGACUGUGAUAUUCCCUCAGCUUUACCAGAAUGUUACUAUAGUAUUAAUACAACUAAGCUAUGAUUCUGUUGAAUUAGAAUGUUUUGUUAUAUC